CCACACCAGUAGUUAUAGCAGAAACAAACAAAUAUGGCACAAUUUGCUUAUGUCACCACCGCCAUUGUUGCCUUCUUCCUCAUCCUCCUUCCACAAUCUUAUUUUUCUGAAUCUACUUUAAGCCAUCACCCUCGCUCCUACUCACCUACACAAUCAGAUGUUGAUCUUUUAGAAUUUCCUCUGAAUUUAGAGUAUUUGGAAGCUGAGUUCUUUCUGUAUGGCUCUUUGGGCCAUGGCUUGGAUAAAGUUAAUCCAGGCUUAACCCAGGGAGGUCCAUCUCCCAUUGGUGCUAAAAAAGCCCAUUUGGACCACUUCACUAGGGAUGUUAUCACGCAAUUUGCAUGGCAAGAAGUUGGACACUUGAGAGCUAUUAAAAGUAAAGUAAAGGGAUUCCCAAGGCCAUUGUUGAAUUUGAGUGCAGAAUCAUUUGCCAAGGUGUUUGAUUCUGCAUUUGGUCAUCCCUUGGUUCCCCCUUUUGACCCCUAUGCCAAUUCAAUCAACUAUCUCCUUGCAUCCUAUGUGAUUCCUUAUGUUGGUCUCACUGGGUAUGUUGGAACCGCCCCAAAGCUCCAAGCUCAUGUUUCCAAAUCGCUUGUUGCAGGGCUUUUGGCAGUGGAAUCAGGUCAAGAUGCAGUGAUUCGAGCAUUGCUAUAUGAGCGUGCCGUGGAGAAGGUGCAACCAUAUGGUAUAACAGUGGCUGAGUUCACUAAUCGCAUUUCAAAUCUAAGGAAUAAGCUAGGACAUGGAGGUUGGAAAGAUGAAGGCCUUGUGGUUCCCAAAUACAGAGGUGCUGAGGGAAAAAUCACUGGCAACGUUCUCGCCGGGGACGAGUUCUCACUCGGAUAUGACAGGACACCACAGGAGAUACUAAGAAUUAUAUAUGCGAGUGGCAAUGAACAUGUCCCUGGAGGUUUCUAUCCUGAAGGAGCUGAUGGCCAUAUUGCUAAAUCUUAUUUACAUAAUGCAUAGAACUUGAACAAAUUAAUGGUACUAGUUAGGUUGCCAUGGCAUUCAAGUUCCUUGUUUAGACAGUUUGUUUUCAGUAGUUGUAGACAGAAUAAAUGUUUGUAGACAGAAUAAAUGUUCUUAAUAAUGAUUGUGAUCAAGGAAUUGCUUCAUGAUUCA